AUGAAUUUUAGCAACAAAUUUACCAGCAUUGUUAGCUCUUUAUUAGCUACUCAAAAGGCACACAUAGUCGACUCAGGCUUUAUCUCAGAAGCCUUUAGAGUAGAAAGAGGAGUAAGGCAAGGGGACCCCCUCUCUCCACUCCUAUACGUAAUAGCCAUCAAUCCACUAAUUCAAGCAAUCGACCAAAACAUCAAAGGCAUUCCAGUCAAUGGCUCCUCUUUCAGAGUUGCAGCAUACGCAGAUGAUCUCUCAAUUGGUAUCGGUCAAGUCUCAGAUUGGAACAAACUACAAGAAACUCUACUUCUAUAUGAGCAAGCCUCUAAUGCUCAAGUUAACAAAUCCAAAUCCACACUUAUCCCUCUUACAGCGAAUGCCAAUAGAGUAGAACUAACGGACCAAUCCAGGUUCAACUUACAAACAAACAGCCAAAACAAUAUUACAAUCUUAGGUUUCACAGUUGACUAUAAAGGUCAGGCCGAUAGGAACCUCUGGAGCAACACAAUCAAAAAAAUUAAAAACAAGAUCCAAGAUCUGUCUCAAAGAAAUCUCUCUUUCAAAGGAAAGAUUCUGGCAACUAAAAUGCUGCUGAUUUCAAAGAUCUGGUACUCAGCCUAUCUUCUUCCCCCAACCAGAAAACAGCUUAAUGAAAUUGACUCCCUUAUCAAAGGCUGGAUCAAAAGCAAUUCAAGAAUGCUCCCACAAUACUCAAUAUUCCAACUCAGCUACGAACAAGGAGGAUUAUCAGCCCCUGUUCUCAAAGAUAUGCUUGACGCCAGGCUCCUCACUAUACUGAUCAAACUUCUUACAAGCAACACAUUCUGGGCUACUACAGAAAGAGAAACCAUAAACGCAAAACUAUAUAACAAGAGAAAAAUCUCAGCUGCUAUAGCUCUGUCUCAAACCCCCUGCAAAACGAAAGGCUGGCCAGACAGCUGGAAGCCUUACAUCACAGCAUGGGGAAGAUUUAAAGGGAAAAUACUCACCAACCAUACAUGGCCUUGGCUACCAGAACAAAUCAAAAUAAACAAUAUUGAUGGUAAUCUAUUCACAGUUAAAGGAGCUUUAAAAAGUUUUCACACCCCAUCAAGCUCAACUACUACAAAUUCUUCAGAGAAGCAUCACUCACCAUUCAAAUGGUUGAAAACAAAGGGGUUACUGAACAAAAAAAAGGACAUAUUCUGGAGAUUAACACAUAGAGCCCUCCCUCUUGGAUAUAGACUUAUCCAUAUCGACCAAACCAAUUUAGGAGACUGCCCUAAUUGUCCUUACAUUACUCAAACAAUAGAACACUUCGCUCUCAAGUGCCCGCUAAGCAAAGUCAUUUGGGAAACAAUAUACAAAGCAUUAACCAAUAUAGAGCAGGACACCACUCCUAGAACUUUAGAAGAUAUUAUCCAAGCAACCAAUAUCACAGAUACAAAAAAGAGGAAAACAGCUAUCUGGCUGCACAUCACAGCCAUCUACGAAAUCUGGUGCUGGUACACCCAAGCCAGAUGGGGUGAUAACGUGAUCCCUCAAGAAGCAAUAGCAAGGAUUAUAUCGAUAAAAAUCAAGCAUGAAAUUAAUCUCUUAUACAAACUAUUCAACAAAAAAGCUCUUUCCAAAUCCGGAAAAACCAACAACAUUCUUAAAUAUAUUAAUCUCAAUAU